UAUUCUCUACUAUUUCCUUAGAAAUUCGCCCAGUUGAACAUCACCCAAUCUUUGUUUUUGUGAACGAAAGAGGCAGAGAGUGCUGAAAAUUGAAGGAGUAUGUCCCUACCCCAGAAGGGCCUCUGUUGUGGCUUUGACAUUCAUAACCAUAAUGUAAGCUCACUCACGCUGUCAUCAGUUACUGUAUGCAGCAGCACCAGUUACCAUAGCCGAAAGACGCCAUUAAAAUCAACUCACAUCCACAUGCCCAAGUCUCCACUUCAAUCAGUGGAUCUAAUGACAAGUGGUAAACCAUGGAGGAAGUUGAAGCCUUUAUCAGCAGCUCUUCCAGUUCCACCGCCGCUUGACCUCACAGAAAACAACGUGAGACAGGUUUUGGUCGAUGCUCGAGGGGAGCUGGGUCAGAUCUUUGACACUUCUGUUGGUAUCACAGGAAAGGUUGAACUGGCGGAGUUGGAUGGACCUUUCGUGAAGAUUAGCCUCAAAGGUCGGUUUUGGCACGAGCGUUCCAUGGUCCUGGCCAGAGUGGGUAAUUAUCUGAAACAGAGGAUUCCUUUUCCUUUUUUCUGCUUUGGUUUCAGGAGAUUUUAGAGGUUGAUAUAGAAGACGAGAAACAAUUGGAUGACAGUCCUGAGAACUUCUAAGGUACUGCACAUGGCUUUCCACUCUUUUUCGAUUACCCAAUUCCUUAGAUAAGUGGAUUUGUUUAGUGUAAUUUUUAAGUGGAUGAGAAACCGUUAAAAAGAUCACAAUGGGAUUAUCUGUACAUUUUUGCUAUCUUUAUUAGUUGGGUAAUAAUGUUACUUUCACAUAGAACUUUCUCUUAUAAUUCUCAUCAUCAUCACCCAUUUCUCUUUCUCUUUCUCUUUCUCUCUCUUUCUUUGUUUUAUCAAUGUCGAUGGAGUAAGUUGAACUAUCCAUAUCCUCAUCAUUUGGCAGAGUAUUGCAGUUUCCUUGUUGUCCAGUUCGAUAUUUCAGUAAU